AUGGAGGUUGAGGAUUACAACGCCUCCUUCUCCUACGAGGAUACGUACUCUGAUGAUUUCGACCCCAUCGUGAUUUCAGAGGAGCUGCAUUCCCCGGAAGGCGGGGUGAUCAGGAUCUUCCUGGUGGUGGUCUACAGCGUCAUCUGCUUCCUCGGGAUCCUGGGCAAUGGCCUGGUGAUCGUCAUCGCCACCUGCAAGAUGAAGAAGACGGUGAACGCGGUCUGGUUCCUCAAUCUGGCCUUGGCAGAUUUCCUGUUCAACGUCUUCCUCCCAAUCCACAUCACCUACGCCGCCAUGGACUACCACUGGGUGUUCGGGACGGCCAUGUGCAAGAUCAGCAAUUUCCUGCUCAUCCACAACAUGUACACCAGCGUCUUUCUGCUGACCGUCAUCAGCUUCGACCGCUGCAUCUCCGUGCUCCUCCCCGUCUGGUCCCAGAACCACCGCAGCAUCAGGCUGGCUUCCGUGGCCUGUGUGGUCAUCUGGGUCCUGGCUUUCUUCUUGAGCUCGCCGUCCCUUGUCUUCCGGGACACGGCCCACCUGCACGGGAAGAUAUCCUGCUUUAACAACUUCAGCCUAUCUGCUGCCAGCUCUUCCCUGAGGCCCGCCCAUCCCCACAUGGACCACGUUGGCUUCAGCCGGCACAUGGCGGUGACCAUCACCCGCUUCCUCUGUGGCUUCCUGGUCCCGGUGCUCACCAUCACCGCCUGCUACUUCACCAUCGUCUACAAGCUGCGGCGCAACCGCCUGGCCAAGACCAAGAAGCCCUUCAAGAUCAUCGUGACCAUCAUCAUCAGCUUCUUCCUCUGCUGGUGCCCCUACCACACACUCUACCUCCUGGAGCUCCGUCACAACGCUGUGCCUGGCUCUGUCUUCAGCCUGGGCUUGCCCCUGGCCACUGCCAUCGCCAUAGCCAACAGCUGCAUGAACCCCAUCCUGUAUGUCUUCAUGGGUCAGGACUUCAAGAAGUUCAAGGUGGCCCUCUUCUCCCGUCUGGUCAAUGCGCUGAGUGAGGACACAGGGCACUCCUCCUACCCCAGCCACAGGAGUUUUACCAGGAUGUCAUCCAUGAACGAGAGGGAGACCAGCAUGCUCUGAGCCUCGCCUGGAACCCCUCCCCGCCAGUGGAUACUCCCAACCCUGUAGGUUCAAAGCUAUGCCUUCUCGAGGCCACAGCAGGAGCUUGUUGGGCACCCACAGAUGCCCACUGUGUUCUGCAUGGGGCUGAACUGUGUUUUGAACUGGGAAUCCAGGGCUCGCAGCACCUUUCUUCCAGUGGCAUGGUGGACAGAGCAUGCCAUGGGGCUCAGCCCUGGACCAGCGUCCCAUGCAUCUCGGGACACCAGCCUUGACUGAUGCAAAGCGAAACAGGGAGAAUUCUCAAAAUCACUGCUGUGAACUGGGAUGGGCAGAAGACAGGGGGAUCAGUUACCGACCUGAGCGCUUCCCGGGAGUGACACAAACACUUUUCAAGGUCCGUUCCUGGUGUGAGCCGAGGAGGUCAGAGCAAACCCAGCGUGAUGUAGAUCACGCCUCGCUCGUAUCCCUCUAUCAACAAAUCCUGCCUCUCAGGCCAUUCCUCUGGGUGAGGGCAUGUGGAAAUACACACACAUGCUCCAGGUUACCUGGGAAGAGAAGGUGACAUAGGAGCACAGGAACUCCCGGGACCAUGCCUUUGACUUUCCGAUCAGCUGAAAAGACAG